UACUUUCUAAAUUUACAGGGCAAAGAAGUUCUGUCUGAUACAUAUAAGUAGGAAAUUUGUGUGCCUAUGAUUGUUUGUUUGUCUCCAUAAUGCCAAAACUUGGGAGUUCCAGGGGCAGGAUUCUGCUUUUGCUAUUGUUGAUCUUCUUCUCCUUAUUUACACAAAAUGUCGCUACUGCUACAAGCAAGACUAAUUCCAAUCUCAGUUUUAAAGAAGCCCCAAAAUUCUACAACUCCCCUUCUUGUUCUGCCAUCAAUUCUUUAAAAAAUGCCGUACAUGUAGCUAUGACCCUUGAUAUAGCUUACCUCCGAGGUUCAAUGGCUGCGAUUCUUUCUGUGCUUCAACACUCUUCUUGCCCUGAAAAUAUCAUUUUCCACUUCGUGGCCUCUUCUUCUGCUGAAACCACACACUUGAACCUUACAAUUGCGAAAUCUUUCCCUUAUCUUCACUUCAAAAUUUAUCCAAUCCAAGAUAUUGCAGCCGUUGCAGGACUAAUUUCCACUUCCAUUCGCUCUGCUUUAGAUUGUCCUUUAAAUUACGCUCGCAAUUAUCUUGCUGAUCUACUUCCUCAAUACCUCCACAAAGUCGUUUAUCUUGAUUCUGACCUUGUUCUCGUAGACGACAUUGGUAAAUUAGCAGCAACACCUCUAACAGAGGACUCUGUUUUAGCAGCACCUGAAUAUUGCAAUGCCAAUUUCACUACUUACUUCACGCCCACGUUUUGGUCUAACCCUUCACUUUCCUUAACUUUCGCGAACCGAAACCGAAAACCUUGUUAUUUCAACACUGGUGUUAUGGUUAUUGAUCUUGAUAGAUGGAGAGCAGGGGAUUAUACUACAAAGAUUGUGGAGUGGAUGGAGUUGCAAAAGAGAAUGAGGAUUUAUGAAUUGGGUUCUUUACCGCCUUUUCUACUUGUUUUUGCUGGAAAUAUAGCUCCUGUAGAUCAUAGGUGGAACCAACAUGGUCUAGGCGGAGAUAAUUUUCGUGGACUCUGCCGAGAUUUGCACCCUGGUCCGGUUAGCCUGUUGCAUUGGAGCGGAAAGGGGAAGCCUUGGGUUCGACUCGAUUCGAACUACACUUGUCCCCUAGAUGCCCUCUGGGCACCUUAUGAUCUGCUGCAAACACCUUAUACUCUGGAAUCUUAAGGUGUCUUAGAAAUUGCAGUAAAUUAGUUAAAGAGAUCGAGAGUAGAGAUCUGUGUCUUGAGAUCCUCCUCGAUUGCGUUAUGUACAGUAUUUGUCUCUCUUCGCGGAGACCCUGAAAGGGCUAAGGUGAGGGUUGUUAUUAUUUUCUCGUAGAUUACAAUAUACAGUUGCCAAGAAUUAUACACUGGCACUUAACUAGAGUACUUUUUUUGAAUGUACGAGAUGAAAACAUAUACUACUACUAUUUGCAGUUGAGUUUACUACAGAAUGAAAAAACAGGCAGGUUCUCGCCUCUUUGGCAUAAAUAUAUUGUUAUCGGAAAUGAAUCUUGGAGCAUUCAUACAAUCAAACGAUUAAAAGACCAAGAUAAUUCAAAUAGUGCUUAUGUACAGUAGCAAUUAGUAAUUUUAACACAGAUAAUUAAUAUUGUUAAUGUGUGAUUCUUGAAGUUUUAAUCUCAAAUCUAAAUAAUGCUUAGCUAAAGUGGCAUCUGAUCUGAGCUCUGCUAAAAAACUUAGCUUGAGUUCUAAAUUUUCAUGCAGCUCCAGUUGUGCUUAAUUUCUCUAUCUUGCUUUUUAAUUUUAGUGGAGAAAGAUUUGGGUUAACUCACACGCGGAUAUAACGUACUAUUAGUAAUUUUUCUAGGUUUUAGCCUUCUCAUCCUUAUAGCUUUUUCUAAACAAUGGAGUAUAAAAUAAAAUGGAAAACAAACAGGCUACCAUUUGUACUUGUUCAUCCAAAUCUUAUAUCCAUUUUCUCUCUUCUAAGCUGUUGUUCAAUUUGCCGCUUAUCUUUUCCCUUUUAACUUUUUAUCCCGACUAUAGUCAAUAUCCUUCU